AUGUUCGAUGAAAAGAAGAACAGGCGAAAAUCAUUGCAACAACAAAAAUCCUCGAAUCUCGCAGACGUCGAAAAACGAUCAGUUCGUCAUCAAGCUCCCUACGUUGCCGAAUCCAGAUAUUACAUGGACAAAACGACAAGUACUGAAAUUGCCGCCGAAACAUACGAUCCAUUAGGCUUGUCUUUAUGGAAAGAGGAAGUGGGAUGGGAUGAAGUUCUACCAGCCCAUCUCACCAAAACAUGGAACGAAAUCACGUCUAGCUGGACUGCCUCGAAAAUUGUACUCCCACGCAGACUGCUCACAGGUACGAAAAACUCGUCACGUUUGAAAUUCGCGUUUUCACGGACGCUUCAAAGGCCGGAUAUUGAAUAUUUCUCUUCUUGUGUCCAAAACUCGAUUAUCGCCACUGAGUCACCGAUGACCAUAACCAAUCGAGCUGCGAACUAUCAGCGGCCAUCAAUUAUGGGUCAGCGAAAACUGAUAAGUAUAAUGACGCAAAAACCGCCUUUGAUAAGACAGUCAUAUGGUCGAAACGGCCCACGUAGGCAUUGA